AUUUGGUCAAAAUAAAUUAAGAAUUGUCAUUAGUGUAUCAUGACUUAAACUUUGAGUUCGCUUUGGUGAGUUAGAUGAUACAGUGAUUUGGGCAUCGGCGAAUCCAACCCAACUGCGAGCAAUCAAUUGUUGGUGUGAGAAGGAGGGCGAACUAAAGAUUUGAUUUUGGGGUGAAGAGAAGCGAAGCGAAGCAAUGAGACGAAACCAUUCUAACUCGGGCAAUUACCGGAAUCCAUGUUUAACUAUGCACCAGCCUUGGGCUUCUCUCCUCGUUUACGGGAUCAAGCGCGUCGAGGGCAGGUCAUGGCCCGCUCCAAUCACAGGUCGUCUUUGGAUUCAUGCUGCCAGCAAAGUCCCAGAGGAGUCUACAAUCAAAGCAAUGGAAUACUUCUACAAGGAGAUUUAUGCACUCAAUGGCAUCACUGAUAUCCAAUUUCCUCAGCACUACCCUGUUUCUAGGCUUUUGGGAUGUGUUGAAGUUGUUGGCUGCUUAACACGUGAUGAGCUAGCAUGCUGGGAGAUGGUUCCUGAAGGGGUGCGGGUGGAAGCACAAACUGAUUAUUGCUGGCUGUGCGAACGACCACAGAAAUUGUUGAUUCCUUUUGAGAUGCGGGGGUACCAAGGUGUUUAUAACCUGGAAAAGAAGAUUUAUGAAGCUGCAGUUAGAGGUCUGUCUCCAGUUAAUAGUCCGUUGCCGGUGAAAUUUCCACUUCCAGAUCCACAAAACCCAUUUUCAUUGAAGCCAGGUUCCAUCUCUGCGCUUACUCCUAACUUAAAAGCAACUGAAGUGGAUAAAUCAUCAAGUAUAAGUCUGGCCAUAGCUGGGGCACAAGCAGCAGCCACUCAGUUCUCAAAGAAGGAUCAGAAUUCCCAUAGUACUGCUCAGAACAAUGCACCUACUAACAUGAAUGCUAAUAAUGAGGACACAGAAGUUGCAACAUCUUAUAAUCUAAGAUCACAAGGCAGGUCUAUGGAAAAGGGCAAUAUAUCAUCCACCAAGUUAAGUAAGACAUUUGAUGAUCUGACAUUGCCAUCAUAUCACGAAGAGAAAAGCAGUAGAAAUAGGAGUGAGGGAAGCAGUAAGCAGAAUCGAUCUCCUGGUGCAGAAGCAGAUUUGAGACAGUUUCCUCAACCACCGUCUAAGAUUUUUGCUGCUGCGUUGAAAGGCCUGAGGCACUGAUCGUGCAAGGAGUCUGACCACUUGGAGUCUGAAUGUGUAUUUGUAGCAUAACGAAGUGUAACUUACGAAGCUGAGAUAAAGCUUGGAAGUGGUUUGCUCUCAUGAAAUUGUUUUGAUGUUUUAUAGUCUCUAAACUAUUAUAAUUUUAUGUCAUUUCUCGGUGUCUGAGUGAUUGAGCUUAGGUUCAUGUAUCAUUAGUAGUAGAAGAUUGUAGUCUGUAGACAAUGGGGUGAUGGAUUGCAUCCAAGCAUUCAGACUCGUGCUGCAUGAUGUUACAAAUGAAUCCGCGUUAGUAUCCAUCUAGAACACAUAUUGCCAUCUCUGA